GCUCUCACUUACGCUUAAGCUUUUGACUGUCCGACUCUCUCUCUCUCACCCACUUUCCUCUGCUUCUUGAAAGCUUCCCUGAUUGCCUGUCUUCGAUUCGAUCUCAGUCCUUCACGCACGGAUUAACCAAUCUCGCUCUCCGAUUCGCUUUCGCUCACUGGGGGGGUUGAGGAAGAGGUUGUGGAGAUCUAUCUGAUUUGGUUGAGGGUGAGGACCAGAAAAGCAUGCGGUGGUGGCUGACUCGUUCUGUUGACGUUUUUCGCAAAGUUAUCUCAAACCUGUAUUGUAGAGUAAUUCUGUAAUUGUUUCUUUUUUACUAUUGUGGAUAGUGAAAACCACCCUUCAGUUAGAAACCAAUUUUGACUCCUGAUAUUAUCCAUGGGAUCCACUUUUUUCAUCGUCGUUCCUUGGUAUGUUCGUCAGAUUAGUUGAAUCCUGAUCAAAACCCUUUUUCCUGAAAUUCUGUUUCAGUUCAUUUUCGGUUUCUACGCUUCGCUUUCGUAGACUUCUUUUUCCUAUUCUCUCGUUGGUUCUUGGUUUUCUUCGCAAACCCUUUUGUUUUCGUUGAUUCCGGUGAUCAAUCAGCUCGAAUUCGGUGUUUUCUUGAAAUUGUGGUGCUUUGGAAGUCUGUUCGUCUUCCUAAAAACAUAUUCAAGUGCGGGGAAGUUGUUUAGUUAUGGUAAGUCAAGCAGCGAGCCAAACAAGAUUUCGAGCAUUGAAACAUGAAAAUGGGAUUGAUGGGAGCGCCACCAUAGUUAUUAGAGUAAUAGCAUGCUUUCAACCUCUUCAGGAUUGCCAGGCUGAAUAUUUUCGUCAUUUGCUGAAACCUGUCACGUAGAUAAUUUCUGUGCUUUGCGUUCAAAAUUAAGCUGGAGUUUUUAGUUUAUUUCAUUGUUGCUGAAGGAGAGACAUUAAUCAACUGUUUCUAGUUGUACAUACGACUUUCUGGUGGUUGAUUUGAUUGGAUGGGUGAAGAUUUCAGAUCUUGGAUUCCCGAGCUGCAUGAACGGCGACCGCCCGAUCCAUAUUCCUUGGGUGCUCCUUCUGUCUUGGGGCAACAGAACUUCAUUUCUGCAUAUAGAAACCCUGGCACUAGUAUGCUUUUCACAAAUGGAACUCUGCCAGUAUAUGCAUCCUCUGGGUUGCCCCAUUCACAACUAGGCAGACCAAAUGAACCUCACGGUUGGUUCUAUUGCUGGCCCAGUAUCCAACAGGCCUUCAUGCCUGCUACACCCACUGUUCUCAAAGAGAAACUUUCUACUUGCUCAUUCCAAAACCCUAAGGAGACAUUGGUACCCUGUGUAGACCCUGACAGUAAACAGAAGAGAUUGCUUGUCAGCAAUCCGUCAGGGGAUCAAACAAGUUUGGUCUUUAAUUCUGGAUUAGCGAAUCCUUUGCAGUGCCCUACUUCUUGGGACCAACAAGGUGCUUACUAUGUCAAUGGGAAUGAUCGUGGAACUAAUAGAGGUCUUCAAAACCCCUCAGGACCAAUUUUGACUGAUGAGUUAAAAGGAAGCGAUGAAUCUGGUGCUGAAAGUGAGAUGCAUGAAGACACGGAGGAACUGAAUGCGUUGCUCUACUCAGAUGAUGAGAGUGAUUAUACAGAGGACGAUGAAGUUACUAGCACAGGUCAUUCCCCCAGUACAAUGACAGUUCAUGACAAGCAGAAUUGGUUUGAAGCAAGGGAAGAAGAAGUUGCUAGUUCUUGUGGAAUAACUAAAAAGCGAAAGCUAUUUGAUGGAGGUUAUGAUGAUGUACCAUCCGUAUUGGACACUGCGAGUUCCAAGAAACCCAACAGAUCAGCGGAGUUGGAGGAUGAUGCAGAAUCCUGUUGUGCCUUCAACAGAAGUUCUGGGUCUAGAGAAUUGGACUCCUCAUCCAGCAACAAGAAGAUGAAGAAGGACAAAAUACGCGAGACAGUGAGCAUUCUGCAGGACAUAAUUCCGGGUGUCAAGGGGAAAGAUGCAAUGGUGGUGAUCGAUGAAGCCAUCCACUACUUAAAAUCGCUGAAGCUGAAGGCCAGAGCUUUCGGACUCCAGUCUCUCUGAGUCCCAACCUAUCUGUUCCAGUAGUAUUUGUAGUAGCAGUUUGACAAUAUCAGUUCUUGUCGUUUAGAAACAGUUAAUGUGAUUGUGCAGAAUAAAGUUGGGAGGUGUAUAUGCGUUGCUUGUAGACAUGGUAGGACAUGCCGCGUGUUCCGGCUAGGGCGGUGGUGAAAACUGUAGCUUGAAGUUGAACCCCUCUUGAAGUAUUUUGUUCAAUGAUUGGGUAGGAUUGGAAAUCAGCAGAGCUUUGGGGUUGCGAUAUCAUGAGCAAGAAGAGAGUGGUGCUUUACAUAAUGUCCCAAUAAAGGGUGGUGAAUCAUGGUUUUAGGGUUAAGAGAAAGUGACAAGCGCACCUGGGCAUGGGGUGAAUUGAAAAACUCGGUAGUUUUUUUCUGGAGGGGCCCCUAAAGAAGAGAAAGAGGUGCACGCUCUUGGUUGUGUUUGGGUCCCAACUCUCACUUUCUCCGCCCUUUUUGUUUACUUGUCCAUGUUUAACGUCUGUGGAGGUCUCUUCUUUACUGAUGUCCAAGUUUGCACGAGCAAGAGCGCGCCUUCUCCACUCCAUCAUGCAACAACUUGCAAGGGCCCGAAUGGAGCCCAGCCGGGGGCCCUAAUCCCACCAUUUCUCGCACCGACCGACCGAGCCAGCCAUGUGACGGGAGAGCGAGCCAGCCAUGUGACGGAGACUAACCAAACCUGUAUCGAAUUUUCACUGUAAAUGUGAUGGUGAAUAGACUUUGAGAUAAUGGGGUUGGAUAUUAAUGUUGUUCUUGUUGUAAUAAGAGAGGGAAGGGUGACGAUGUAUUUGGUUGGAUGUAAUUUAAGUUGGGUUGGUGUUGGUGUUGGUGUUGGUGUUGGUGUUGUCCUGAUGUUUAUGUACUCACGUCGCAUGCACGCAUUUGUUAUAUGAGACAGAUCACUGUGUGUGAUUCCUUA